AGUCCAAACGCGAACCCGUUCUUCGAUCUCGUGAGAGAGAGAGAGAGAAAGAAAGGGAGAACCUGCGAGGGUGGGGAGAGAGCGGUGGAACAACGGAGAAGAAGCAACGCUCUCGGCGUUGACCAGAACCAUGGUAGAGGGGACCGUUAUAGCUGUUUGCCAAUUUGGUGGAGAUUUUGUCUCAAAUGAUGAUGGAACUAUCUCUUACAGUGGUGGAGAAGCUCAUGCAAUAGAUAUCAGCCGUGACAUGAAGUUUGAUGAUCUCAAAUCAGAAUUAACGAGUAUGUUUAAUAUUGACAGUAGUCCCUUGUCUAUCAAGUACUUUCUUCCAGGCAACCAACGAACUCUUAUCACAAUAUCUAGUGACAAAGAUCUAAGGCGCAUGGUUGAUUUUAAUAUGGGUUCUAUAACAACAGACCUAUACAUCUCAAGUAAGGUUGACAGCAGGACUGUAUUCUUUUCUAGGGCACACAGGAAUAUUGGAGCUGACUCAGGUACUUCUAUAGUUGACAAAGUUGGUGCUGUCUGCAGUGUCAGAUCAGAGAGGCUUACAGCUGUCAAUGGAAGUAGCAAAAGGAUUGUUGCAGCUGAUUCAGUUACACUUUCUGCCUCUUCCCCGACUGUGGACAUUGUUGAACAGCAGAGAUUUGUCACUGAUGACAAUAUUGAAGACAGGGCAACUCACAGAUCCCUAGCUGACUCAAGCACCCCUAUCAUCAUAGCUGUAGAUGCUGCUGAGAAUGCUGGACCACAGUCUGCUCCUUGGGAUUGUGUUAUUACUGAAGUCGGGCAAGAAUUUGAUAACGUGAAAGCCUUUCGUGAUGAACUGUGUAAAUAUGCUUUUGUCAAAGGUUUUGCAUACAAAUAUAUAAAGAAUGACAAUGUUCGCGUAACUGUUAAAUGCACUGUAGAGACUUGUCCAUGGCGGAUACAUGCUUCAGGGUCAGCUCGUAAGCAGAAGUUUAUAAUCAAGAAAUUCAACAAUGUACACACAUGUGGAGCUGGAAGUGGUGAUGAUGGUCACCAACGAGCAACAAGGCAUUGGUUAGCAAGGAUUGUAAAGGAAAAAUUACUGGAUAAUCCACAGUCAAAGCCCAGAGAUAUUGCAAGAGAUAUUUAUCGAGAUUAUGGAAUUAAUUUGAACUAUACUCAAGCUUGGCAUGCAAAAGAGGCUGCCCAGAAAGAGCUUCAUUUCUUGCAUGAAGAGGUAUGCAAUCAGUUGCCUCGUUUAUGUAAAAAAAUAAUGGAGGCUAAUCCUGGUAGUAUAACCACAUUAGCUGCAUCUGUUGAUUCGAAGGUGCGUCGUGUAUUUGUCUCUUUACAUGCCUCUCUUCAUGGUUUUGAGCAUGGGUGUCGACCUCUUCUUUUUCUUGAUAGAAUUCCUCUAAAAGCAAAUAAUCAGUGGAAGUUAUUAGGUGCAGCUGCGAUGGAUGGAGAUGAUGGUAUCUUCCCAGUUGCCUUUGCUGCAGUGGAAGCUGAAACUCACAAUAGUUGGCAUUGGUUCUUAGUACAGUUAAAACAUGCAGUAUCAACAUCUCGUAAUAUAACGAUUGUGUCUUGCAGACAGAAGGGCCUAGAUGAGUCUGUGCCUAGAGUUUUUGAGGAUAGUUUCCAUGCCUACUCUCUGUUUCAUCUAAUCGAGGAAUUGAAAGCAGAAUUGAAGAAGAGUUCUUAUUCAGAACAAGAUAAGCGUGCAAUUGUCAACAAUUUCAAAAGUGCUGCCCAGACUUAUGUAGUUGAUGACUUUAAUACAUGCAUUGAUAGAAUCAAAAAUAUUUCAACAGAUGUUGCUGAAUGGGUAAUGUCUACUAAGCCUGAACAUUGGUCGUAUUCCUUAUUUAGAGGUUCACGUUAUGAUCAUCUCUCAGCAAACAUUGUAGAAUCAUUAAGCAGAUGGAUUGCAGUGAAAGAUGAGUCCACAAUAGUGCAGUUGAUUGGCGCAUUGCAUGCUAAGAUAAAGGAUGUUUUGGAUUCUCGUAGGCAAACUUCUAGCACAUGGGCUGGAACACUGACACCAUCAAUCGAGCAAAAAUUACAGAAAGAGAUCCCCAAGGCCCGAAUGCUUCUUGUCGUAUGUUCUUCUGAUUCUGUAUUUGAGGUUCAUGGUAGUUCAAUAAACGUUGUUAAUAUUGCUAGCUGGGAAUGCACAUGCCAGAGGUGGCAGCUUAUGGGAUUGCCUUGCUUGCAUGCUAUUGCGGUCUUUAAUCGUGUUGGUAGAUCUGCAUAUGACUAUUGCUCUAGAUAUUUCAGAUGUGAAAGUUAUCGUUUGACCUAUUCAGCAUCAAUCAACCCAGUCCCAGAUAUUGAGAGCAUCAGUUCUGUAGCUGGUGCAAAUUCAUAUCCCCCUCAUACUCAGCGCCCACCAGGACGACGAAAGAGAAAGCGAAUUAAUCCUCGUAAGACAAGUAUUAGGCCACUCCACUGCAGUAGGUGCAAGGAGGCUGGUCACAACAAGGCAACGUGUGAAGCACAGUUGUAGAUUCAUGUUAUAUCUGUUUAAGUUAUAUGGUAUCUUCUUUUGACCUUUGGAAAGCAUCUGUGAAGCAUGGCAUGUGUUGUUUUUUUCUCCUGAUAUUGCAAGAGGUUUUUGCUUAUCUAAGGCUUAUAGAUGUAUCAUUUGCUUUAUUUUUCAUCCUUGUUAUAAUUAGAUGUCGCGCAAGCUCAAUGUAAAAUGAACACCCCUUUUUUUUCAUAAUGACUGCCUUCUCUUGAUUUGGAGGAUCAGGACAAUUGUAAAUUAAGCAGCAGCUAUCUCCAUUAGUUGUUUGUAGGAAAUGCCAAUAGGUAAGUUCUCUAAAUGUGCAGGUAAACUUGAAUUAUUUAUCUUCUCAAGUUGUCAGACCGAUUAUUUUGUAACUUGAUGAUAAAGGAAAACAAUUCUGACUUUUUGAAUUAGCUUAGCUUAUUUAUAACUUAACCAAGGAGAAAUUUCACCCAAUGUUUUUGCAGGGUUCACGUUCUGUUGUCAUCCUACCGGCCAGCUGGUGAUGAUGUUUGUCAAUUGUCUGUCUAUAUUUCUGCUUUGCCCCCCAGAUAUUGUCUAUUUUUCUGUUACGUAAAUUCCUCUUCCUUCUCUAUUUGAUGGUUUCCAUUUUAACUCUGAACUAUAGGCUUGGUUGAUCUCUCAUGGACUUCUACCGGUGAGUGAAUUGGACUUGUUAUAUAUCAGUCGAGCACAGAGCAAUCUGAGUGAAUAUAUCAGCAUAAAGCAGGCUAAUAAGUCAUAAUAACAAAAUGCGGACUCAGUCAUCUGCGCUCAAAUGAAAAAUUAGGUAAUCUCGUCUGAUCGAUUCUCUAUAAUUCUAAACUUUAUUUCAUUUAUCUGAGGUGGUCCCAUGUUCCAAAGACCAACUACCUGUUAACCAGAGAGCCAGUUCCCUCUUAUUGUUGUAAUGGCCAUACGCAGAACUUGUUUUAUUUUUGCUGAAGCCUAGCUGAUUCUCUUUAGCUUCUCAUUUGAUGAAAAUAGCUAUUUCUAGGGUUUUGUCAAGGUGUCUGUUUUCUGCACCAGGAUUAUGUCAGAAGCAUCAUAUUUGUAAUUAUCUUUCUGACUGAUGAUUUGAUGAAACUAAUUCUCUUUCUGAUGAUUUGAUGGAAUUGAUUUUUUCCAGGGAGUUCCUAUA